UGUGUUUAGCACAUUUUUCAAACACCUCCGCCCCUCGCCUUAAAUGAUAGCCUUCUUAUCUAGCGGGAUAAUGAAUAUUACCUUGUUUGGUUUCAGCCUUCAAAGCCUUGACAUCUACACAGGUGUCAUGUAGAGAAAAUUUUGAACAUAAAAUAUGGACUGAUAAGUGGUACAGUUCUAGUGCAAUAUUUCAAAUUCCUGUUGGAAGAAACUAAUUGGAAAUUUUUUUUUUAAAUAGCGAAUUGGAUGUUUGAAAUUUUUGUGUAGUAGCAAAUUAGAUCUUAAAAAUGCUUGUUUUUAAAUUACAAAUUGGAUAGUUCAUUCUCUUGUAAAAAUCGGAUAAUUCAUUCUUUUAUAAAAAUCGGAUAGGCCUAUCUGUCAUUCUUUUGUAAAAUUUUGAUGUUACAAAUACAUGUUUAAAAAUAGCGAAUAGGUUAUUACACGUUGAGUAACUGGCAUUCUAUUUAAAAGAAAAACAAUUCACAUUGUUUUCAUUCCUGGUGAAGACCUUCUUAUUUGUUGUUUUAUUAUAAUAGCUAUAUAAGCCCUGUUCAGGUCUCCGAUAAGAUAAAUAAACAGUACCUUUCAGUUCGGAACGAAAUUAAUGAGAUCAUUCUCAAAACACGAGUUUUACAACAUCAACAUUUCGUUAACAAAGGGAUAUAAGCAAGGUGAUCACGAACUGUGCAGUUGUCGUGUUGUGCUGUGAAGAUGGGGGUCUGGCACGUGAUGUUGGUGGUGCUGGUCAGUUCUGGCAUCGUGCUGGGCGAGGUGAUGGACAUCAGGAGACAGGUGGAGACGUUGGUCAACGCCCACAAUCAGGAGAGGAGGAGCCGUCUGCUGUACGCCUCUAACAUGCGGGAGAUGACCUGGGACGCGAACCUAGCCCGUGACGCCGAACUUUGGAGCUCUAACUGCCUCUACCAGCGGCCUCCACGCGAGCAGUACGACGUGGGUUCGAACCUGUUCCUUGAUUACGACCUUGUGCACAACGACGCGACCAUCAGCCGUUUGGUCAACAGGUCGUUGACCUCUUGGUCAAACAGCAGACACUUUGUGUACGGGCCGGAGUGUCGGAAGGGGUGCAGUUAUGUACAGAUGAUCAACGCUGAGACGAACCGGCUCGGCUGUGCACUCACCACAUGCAUGUCCCUGCGCACGUCACGUACCAGCUUCUCUCACGCCAGUCUCAUGGUCUGUUUCUACUCACCACGAUUAAUUUAUCAAGGAUCGCUUCCCUUUGAAAAGGGCUCAGCCUGCUCCCAGUGUCCAGAGGAUACAUUUUGUCGCUCUGGUUUAUGUGCAGAGCCAGGGGUACCAGCUGUGCCAUUAGCCUAUGAAAGUAGAACCACACCAGUUCCAUUCAACUUCGUCAUUAAAGAUGAGCUGACGUCAACAGAGAAAUAUUACUUGAAGCUCAUCCACAACAGGUUGAGGAAGGACCAGAGUCUGGAUGAGCUGAACUGGGACGACGCUCUAGAGAGAUGGGCGAAUCACGUGAUCAACUGCAAUAUCAACUUCCCAGGGCCUAAACACGCCUUCACCAACUUCCACCGUCUGGAGCAGACUAUGGAGGCGUACCGGGCUGUGUACACCUGGCAGAGCGAGGGGUCAAACACCUACCUGCAGCACGUGCAAGGCUGCCGCGCUCCCAUUGGAUCAGCCAGAUGUAACCAUUUGACAAAU